AUGAAACAAUGCACGUUACCCACAACGAACACAACAAUUUCCUCAAGAAUUUAUAAGGAAAAUAAACACUGUCAUUAUAACAUUAUAUUCACUCAUAAAAACAAAGUUUUACAACUGAAAAAAGAAAACCGAAGCGAAGAAUGUUGUCACUUUUUCCAAGUAAUCCUGGUUGUAUCGCAUUCGAAUAUGAAUGUAAUUCAAAUCUCAAAUGUACAAAACAAAGCUGUUGUUGUAGAGCGACUGUUGUUGUCGAGUGAGAAUAAAAAAAGUUUAUGUUGUGGAAUAACUUUGGCAAUUUUUAAAUUGGAUGGAAAAAAACCUGAAGAGAAAGAUAUACCCCCAGUCUUUAAUGACAAGAAGCCAUAUAAUCGCUAUGUUGAUGAAUUGAAAGCAUGGACAUUAUUAACAGAUUUAGAGAAGCAGAAGCAAGGCAUCGCAGUGGCCUUAUCUUUACCAGAAGAAGAUUCAACACAAGUAAGAGAUAAAGUGUUCAGUGAGAUUAGUAUUGCUGAUUUGAAUAAAGAAGAUGGAAUAGACACUUUGAUAGCCUUUAUGGACAACUUGUUUAAGAAAGAUGAAUUAACUGAUAUGUAUGAACAUUACACAAACUUUGAUCGUUAUAAAAGAAAAAGUGAUGAAACUAUAGAGUCGUAUAUAAUAGAAUUUGAAAAGUUGUACAAUAAAACAAAGAAAUUUGAUAUGGGAUUACCAGAUAGUGUUUUAGCAUUCAAAUUACUUGAUGGAGCUUGUUUAAAACAUUCGGACAGACAGCUUAUACUUACUGGUGUAAACUAUGAAGAAGUAAAUACUAUGUUUAAACAAAUGAAAAUUGCAUUAAAAAAGUUUUUCGGAGAACAAUCGUUACCUACUAAUAGAAAUGAAAGCAUAAAAGUUGAACCAUCUAUUACUAAAACUGAACCUGUAUUUAUUACUGGAACUCAUGGAAAUUCAGUUAGACCUCGAAAUGAACGUUUCAGAUAUGGUAACAGAAAUAAUUAUGAACGAAACAAUCAACGACCAUUACGUAAAAGAAAUAAUCCACUUGAUAAAAAGGGUGAACCACUUAGAUGUCACAUUUGUCAGUCAGUUAUGCACUUUGCUCGGUUUUGUCCUCAUGGGAAUAAAACCUUUGACAAGCCAGUGUUCCAAGCAAGCGAUGAAAAUGAUAUGGUGGAAAAAGCAAUUGAAGAUAAAAGUGUUUUAUUGUCAGAAACUCUUAACUGUGCUGUACUAGAUAGUGCUUGUUCAGCAACUGUUACCGGAGAAGAUUUGCUUAAGUGUUAUUUGGAUUCACUAACAACAGAACAAAAGUGUAAAAUACAACGAUCUCCCAGUGACACUGUUUUUCGAUUCGGUGGUGGGGAAAGAUUAAAUUCCAAUGGCAAAGUUAAAAUACCAUGUAAUAUGGCUGGGAAGGAAUGUGAAAUUGUGACAGACAUAGUUGAAUGUGAUAUACCUCUUCUUCUUAGUAAAACAGCUAUGAAGAAAGCGGACAUGAAAUUAGAUCUGGUAAACGACACUGCUGAAAUAUCUGGUACAUUAGUUGAUUUGCAGAAUACAACAUCAGGCCAUUAUUGCGUACCCUUGAAAGAGGAUGAAGUCUGUUUAUCCAACUCAAUAUUGAUAAAUGAGUCGUUUAAAGAAAAAGAAAAGAAAGUUGUAAAAUUGCACAAGCAAUUUGGACAUCCCACUGCAAAACGGUUAGCAAGUUUGUUGGUUGAUGCAAAACUAUAUGAUGAAGACUGUAAGAGAAUCCUGGAUCAAAUUGAACAGGACUGUGAAACAUGCAAGAAGUUUAAACAGACACCACCUAGACCAGUGGUCUCACUGCCAUUAGCUACUGAUUUCAAUCAGUGUGUUGUAAUGGAUCUUAAAGAAUGGGUAAAAAGUAAAAUAAGGUUGUUUUACCUCAUUGAUGCAGCUACUCGAUUCACUUUAGCUACAGUAAUUCGAAGCAAAUUACCUUCUGUUAUUAUUGACAAAACCAUGCAGUUGUGGAUUGGCAAUGGAUUUGGUGUUCCUGGACGCUUAUUAGCAGACAAUGGAGGAGAAUUUGCUAAUGAAGAGUACCGGGAUAUGUGUGAUAACCUAAAUAUUGAAGUUUUAAACAUAGCAGCUUGUAGUCCAUGGCAAAAUGGAUUGUGUGAACGGAACCAUGCAAUUGUAGAUGAUUGUUUGAGAAAGAUUCUUGAUGAAAACCCAAAAUUAUCGUUGGAAGUUGGUUUGGUCUGGGCACUUAAUUCCAAGAAUUCCUUGCAUAUGAAUUCUGGUCAUAGUUCCUAUCAAUUAGUUUUCGGACGGAAUCCGAAUUUGCCAUCAGUGUUAAAUGCAAAUCCACCAGCUUUAGAGGGUGUAACCGUAUCACAUGUGUUUGCAAAGCAUAUUAAUGCCCUUCAUAAUGCAGGUAAAGCAUUUAUUGAAGCUGAAGCUUCAGAAAGAGUUAGAAGAGCUUUGCGUCAUCAGAUUCGAAGUACUAACACACAGUAUUACACUGGAGAGAAAGUCUACUAUAAACGUGAUGAUUCACCAAAGUGGAGGGGUCCUGCUAAAGUUAUUGGUCAAGACGGCAAUGUUGUUUUUGUUUGGCAAGGCAGUGUGUAUGUCAGAGUCCCACCUUGUCGAUUAGUUAAAGUGGGUCAAGAAUUUUCUGGCUCUAAUCAGAACAAACUUGACAAUACAGAUCUUAAAGAAAACAAAGAUGUAGGUGAUCAUCAAUCAGAAGUAGUGAUUGAUUUAGAGGUUGAAGAGUCAAAUGCUACACCUGUGCAACAAGAACAACGUAACAGAAGUGAACACGAGGAAAAUGUUUUAGAUGUACCAGAAGCAGAAAUGAAUUUGGAAGGAGAACAACAGGUGUCUGUUCGAAAAGAGCAUGAUUUUCCUAAAGUUAACGACCAUGUUGAAGUGAAAAUGAAAGAUGUACCAGAAUGGUUUUCAGCAAAAGUGAUAAGUAGAGGUGGAAAAGCUACAGGGAAGUACAGUAGUUGGUACAACAUAAGGAAAGAAGGUACAAAUGAUGAAAUGUGCCUAGACUUUAAGGAUGUUGAAGAUUGGAAAAAAGUUGAAAGUGUCAAUGUAGUUAUUCUUCCAGAACACGUACAUGAUACUUUAGAGGCAGUUAAAGCAAAACAGAAGGAAUUAGACAACUGGAAAUUGUUUGAUGUUGUUCGACAGGUUCCGGAUGAUAAACAAAGUAAGAUAUCAACAAGAUGGAUUAUCACUGAAAAAGAAGUGGAUUCCUCUAAAGUUGUUAAGGCACGUCUUGUUGUUAGAGAAUUUGAGGAAGAGCACAAACUGCAACGUGACUCACCAACUGCAGCUAAAGACACUCUUCGUAUGUUUUUUGGAAUAGCAGCCUGCAAGAAUUGGAAUUGUGUGGCAUUAGAUGUAAAGUCUGCAUUUCUGCAAGGUCACACUAUUGAUCGUGAUGUUUAUGUUACACCACCCAAAGAAGCAAAUGUUCCAGAUGGAAGCUUGUUAAAGUCGUUUAUGGCUUAA